GUGCCACGUAAGAAGAUAAGCUCACACAACAAAGACGAAAGGAGGAAGGGGAAAGAGAAAAAGAUUGGAAAAUGCAAAUUAUAAACAUUAUUUGAAAAAAUGGCGAGUAUUGGCAUUUCCAUUCACCCAAAUGGUCUCUCUUUGAGAAAUUCUUCUACAAAACGCCAUUGUUUUCCUCCUCAAAAACUCCAUUUAUCCUUCCCAAUUAACUGCUCUGUUAUAGGAAAUGAAUUUGAGAAAGAGAAUUCAUCUCAGUUCAAAGGACUUCGAAAUGUGGCGUUUGGCCUCCUGGCCACAUGGGCGGUCACAGCUGCCUCACCUGUCAUAGCUGCUGGCCAGAGACUUCCUCCAUUGUCGACAGAGCCCAAUCGUUGUGAGCGUGCAUUUGUUGGCAACACAAUUGGUCAAGCAAAUGGUGUAUAUGACAAACCCUUAGAUCUCCGCUUUUGUGAUUAUUCAAACGAUAAGUCUAACCUCAAGGGGAAGUCUUUAUCGGCAGCCCUCGUUUCAGAUGCUAAAUUUGAUGGUGCUGACAUGACAGAAGUCAUCAUGUCCAAGGCUUAUGCUGUUGGAGCUAGUUUCAAGGGUACUGACUUCACAAAUGCAGUUCUAGAUCGUGUUAAUUUCGGAAAGGCCAAUCUACAAGGAGCCGUGUUUAAGAACACCGUGUUAUCAGGAUCCACUUUCGAAGAGGCUCAGCUAGAAGAUGUCGUAUUUGAGGACACCAUUAUUGGCUAUGUUGAUCUUCAAAAACUCUGCCUUAACAAAUCCAUUAGUGAUGAAGGAAGAGCUGAACUUGGGUGCCGAUGAAGCAUUCAACCUAUGCUCUCCCGAUGCGAAUCUCUUUGCAACAUAUUUUUGUGAGAGGAAAAUGUUUUAGAGGUGAUACUGAAUGUAUAUUUAGUCUCAGUGAAGAAGAGGGAGGAAAUUGUACUCUACAGCUAUAACUCAUUGUUUUGUAUAAUAGUGAUGCACUUAGUUCUGACAGAAUGAAGAAGUUUACAUCUCAGUCUAUAUAUCUUAUGCUUCACAUUUC